ACAGAACAGAGAGCACCGGUACUGAGCGAGUCUCGCUGAGAAGCCAGUAUCAAACUGAAGACAGGGUCGAAGCUCUAAAGGUACGCCAUGGCCACCAAGGGAUCACGAGCUGGAGUCGGCGGCGGCAAGGCCGUUGCAAAAUACGCCACGGAAGGAGCGCUGCAGUCUCUCACCGACGCCAGGACGGCCCGCACCAGCGAGAAGAGCCAGCUCAUCAUUCUCAACGAUCGCUUCGCCGGCUACAUCGAGAAGGUGCGCUCCCUGCAGGAACGAAACACCAGGCUGACGACCCAGCUCAGGAUCGUGUCGGCGCGGGAAGAGUCGGCCAUCUGCGAGCUGUACGAGGCGGAGCUGAGGGAGCUGCGGGCUCUGGUGGACCAGCUGACUCGAGAGAAGGCUCAGCUGGAUGCCGAGAACGCCAGCUGGCAGGGGAAGUCGGCGGAGUGGCAGGCUAGGUGUGAGGCCGAGACUGCCGCUACCACCGCGGUGAGGACAGAACUGGCAUCGGUCAAGAAGGAGGUGGACGCGGCAACUGUGGAGCGUGUUGGCUGGGAAAACAAGCUGACCACGAUACAGGAGGAGAUUGAGUUCUCCAAGAGGGUCUGGGAGGAGGAGACACGUAAGGUCCAGUCUCAGUUGACCCAGACUAUGGCCAUUGCGGACACUGAAGCUCCGGUCAUCUCCGGACCGGACCUGAGCGAGACUCUGCGUGAGAUCCGCGUGCAGUACGAGAUCAUGGGCCGCGCCAACAGGGAGGAGGCGGAGAACAAGUACAAGGGCAAGUUCAGCGCGAUGUCCCAGCAGCGGGAGUCGGAUAACCAGGCUCUGGCAGCCGCCCGGUCCGAGCUGGCCGGCCUGAAGAGGACGCUGCAGUCCAUCAUCACCGAGACGGAGGCCUUGAAGAGCAAGUCCGGGUCCCUGGAGGCUAACAUCGCGGAAACAGAGGCCCGCACACAGAGGGAGAUUACGGAGUUCAAGGCCGCUAUCAGCGAGCUUCAGGCUCAGAUCGACAGGAUGAAGUCGGAGAUGACUCAGCACUCCGUGGAGUACCAGGAGCUCAUGAGCAUCAAGAUGGCGCUGGACGUGGAGAUCGCGACCUACAGGAAGCUGCUGGACGGGGAGGAGAUCACUGACAGGGUCUUCACUCAGGUCAGGGCCUGAACUUUAUCCCGAGGUCAACAGCCGUGAGGUCACGAUCGAAAGCAAGUCUCUACCAGUUGGAGUGGUCGAUGAAUUGCAUUGUAUCUACCGUAUAUCUAUAGAUGCUUUUAGAAACUAGACCUGUUUGUUAUUGUCCAAAAGUUGACUAGUCGCCAAUGCUAGUCACAUCACGCAUUACGUCACUGUGUACUAUAGCAGCCCGCUACAUUCUUAUGACCAUCCACAGAGCUUUAUUCAUUUGGAAGAUGGUCAUCUCCAACAAACUUUGUCGACCAUGCCAAAUGUUACAUGUAGCAAUGAUGAAGGUCAAGAAAUGUAUGCAUGUGUAGCGACUGAUAAAGUGCAAGAAGAGUGAGACAAAUAAACAUCGCUUUGAUAGAC